AUGUUUAUUCCUCGAUUUCCUAUAAGAACGCAACUACAAAUCAUGCAGACUAUUAGACAUUUUACUUCAACUUCAAUUAUCUAUUCAGAUAAUUUCCAAUCUCCAUCACCUUCACCAAGCAAUGUUACAGAUAAGUAUACAGCUAGGACAGCAUAUUCUACACUGAUAGAUACUUAUGAUCCCACUAAAUAUAGAAAAUGGGUAACUAUAAAUACAGAAAGAAAUAACCCUUUUUCAAUAAUGUCAUUUAAUCUUUUAUCACAACACUACACAUGGCAUCUCACCAGUGUUGAACAAAAAUAUUUGGAUUGGACUAAUUAUCGAUUUCCAUUAAUCAAUAAAACCAUUUCUCAAUUACAAUGUGAUAUUAUGUGCUUUCAAGAAAUGGAAUUUCUGGUUUAUAAACAAUUUUGGUCUCACAAUUUUCCAAAUCCUAAUUUCAAAAGUCAUUAUGCUAAAAAGACAUUACCUCCUUGUUGGGGUCUGUCGGAAGAUCAUAUUGAUGGUGUUUCCAUAUUUAUUAAUACUCUAAGAUUUGAUGUUUUAGAUAAGAAAGAAAUCCAUUUUGCUAAUCAUAUCUUAAACCAUAAAGAAGAAUUCCAAUUAACUGCGGAUUUAAAAGAAAGAAUGUUACCCAGAAAUACCGUUGCUUUAAUUGUCAAACUAUUUGAUAAAGUUGCCAAUAAGAUUGUAUACGUAGCUAAUACUCAUCUUUAUUGGUCUCCAGAAUAUAACGAUAUUAAAACAUUACAAAUGAAAAUUUUACUUAAUGAAUUGAAUGGGUUUAUCCAAGAAGACGAAGAUGCUUAUGUGCUAUUAGCUGGCGAUUUAAAUUCCACUUUGAAUUCAUCAGUGAUACGUAUACUAAGCAGUAGUGGUGUCAAUGUUUCGGAUUGUUUUUCAUUUAAAAAUUACAAUUAUGGGUCUAACAAUUGUUUGGUUGAUAAGAAUGGUGACAUUAAAAACCCUUUCAAUUUCCAAAGUGUGUAUCAACCACUAAUAUCUUCCAAUUCUCUACAAUUCACAAGUCAUACAACUGGCUAUUCAGGAAUAUUAGACCAUAUUUUUGCUAGUAAAACCAAAUUUCAAGUCAAUAGAUUAUUAGGCGGUGUUGAUAAGAGUUAUAUUGCCAAAAAUGGUUUCCCAGAUGCACAAUUUCCUUCCGAUCAUAUUCCAAUUGCUGCAGAGAUUAGUUAUCUAUAA